AUGAACAACAUUGACAAAGCUAACGGGUUGGAACAUCAAGCAGAAGUAGAUGUACCGCCCACACGUUUUGAAGUAGAGCUUGAGUUUGUACAGUGUCUCGCUAAUGUGCCGUAUGUGAUAUUUUUGUUCAGUCAGCAACAAAUAUGGAGAGACCCGAAAUUCAAGGCGUAUUUGAAGUAUUUGGAGUACUGGUGCCAGCCGCCGUAUGCACAGUGUAUAGUGUACCCAAACUGUCUGUUCAUACUCAAAUUGCUGAACGGGUUUCUGGCGUCAGCCACGGUAAACGAAGAUGGACUGCUGGAGGGUGUGGAGGACUUGCCCAAAGUGUUGCAGAGCCAGGGAGGACAGUGGAUGAACGAGAUGGUCGAGCGUUGGAGUAGCUAG